AUGAGUUUUGCGCAGCCAACCAAAAAAUCAUUCUCUUCGACGGUCGAUUUCAGCGAUCAGUCUUAUGAGAUGCCCUAUUUCGUCGAUGUCGAUGCGCCGGCUAUGAAGGCAAGCGGUGUUACCAGGAAGCCAAUAGCCUCGCAGCCUGAGGCAAGCACCCCUCGAAGCAUUGCUCCCACCUACGAGCUCAAGGAUCCCAAGCGAAAGACAACUCAAGAGAAUGUAGACCCCGCCACUCCCAAGGGUGCUGAACAUGGGCCACCACUUCCUCCACGAACACACAGCUUCAAGCCCAACCCGGCAGCAUUCCUGCAAAGCUUCAAGUUCCCUUCCAUUCAGCACUUCAAAAUUGAGCCGAGAGCUACAGACUCAUCUGCAUGGCUCGACAAAGACCCCCUCUUUUCUAACUGGAAGAGUUCCAAGCACACAUUGCUCUGGCUUCGAGGAUCUGAGGGAUGUGGAAAGUCGACUUUGAUGAACCAUGCUCUCCAUACUCAACUGCAAAUGGAGCCAAGCGCAAUGCAUCUAACAUGUUCUUUCUCCAUAUGCGGAAGCGAGAUUCCGAGAACGCGCCUUGGAUUGCUGAAAUCAAUCCUACAUCAGCUGAUCCCACAGGCCCCUGAGGCGUUCGAUGAUAUAAAGACUAGGUUCCAGAGGAUUCAAGAUGCCUUACCCUCCAAGCAACAAGUGGCAUGGAGUGCCCAGGAGCUCUUUGAGGACUUGACCAAAACCAUCGCCAAGAUACUCAAAACACGAUCUGUUUGUAUGUAUGUUGAUGGCAUCGACCGCUCAGAAGGGGAAACGGCAGCCAAGUUUGUCCAAGACUUUUCAAAACUUCUCGAAAGGUCUCAACCAAAACCUUCUACCAAGGAGCCUACUGUCACACAUGGGCUCAAGAUCAUCUUCUCUAGCACAAUAUUUCCUGCUAAAGAGCCAUUCCCACAAUCAUACAUCAACGUGGACGAGAAGAAUGGGCCAAGUCUGAGACAGUUCCUUAAGGAACAGCUCUCCACCACGGACUCCAACACUAGACAGCUCAUUCUGUCAAAAUCUGGCUCAUCAUUCAUCUCUGCACGUUUGAUUAUUCAACACGUCAAACUGUUCGGUCCGAUGCAGUCUUCUCUUGUCCAACAACCAUCACCUACUCCAGCUCCUAUCUCUUUUUUGCUCGGGGGCUACUUCCAGAACAUGGCGCAACAGGGCAACAAGAGUCUUGCAUCGCUUCUAAGUUGGGUAUGUUUGACAACUAGGCCACUGACUCUGGCUGAGCUGCGAGUGGCCCUGUCGCUCGACAUGAUUCAUAAACUUGAAUCCUUCAAGUAUCUAUUACAGGCAGAGCCAUUCUCUCGAUACAGCUCGGACGAGAGCUUCCAAUCUUGGAUCAAGGCUACUUCAUGGGGCUUGCUCGAAACGGUGACGCUGCGUGGCCAGAAGGUCGUAAAGGUAAUGCAUGACAGCAUUUCAUCCUUUUUCUUAUCCAAGGGGUUGGCUAUUCUAUCGUACGGAUCUCAACCACCGGAGAGCCCGAAUUCCCCGCUCCAAAUUUCACACAAAUCUCUCGCCACGAACCUUCUACGUUAUCUGGUUGUUCUUACCAAAGAACCAAAAUUGCCAAACGGGGAUGAUAAGGACCCUACGUUCGAGCUUCUCGGGUAUGCAGGCGCCAACUGGUCCAACCACAUUUCAGCAGCAGGUCUAGUCAAGCCAGAUGCUUCGAAAAUACUGAAGCUUCUGCAAUGGCCCUCAGACAGUGUCAUGAAUGUCUUGGUAAAAUGGGACCAAGAGAAUCACGCGGUCAGCGAAUUAAAAGGGACACUCUGGGCACACAUAUUUGCAGUAUAUGGACAUGCGUCACUGCUUUCAGUGGCCAUAAAGAAGGUCGGAAACGAGGCCUUGGGUUUAUCAGACAAUCAAAAGAGAACCCCACUGCACCAUGCAGCCCUUCAUGGCCAUCUAGCAGCAUCCAAGCAGCUCCUCAAGUCAGGUGCCAAGGGAGACGCCCGCGCCGCCAAUGGACAGACGGCUCUACAUUAUGCUGUCCUGCAGGGUCAUCAAAGUGUCAUGAAGCCGCUUAUAGACAAUGAUGCAGGCUUAGUGUCUGCUACAAACCAUCUUGCACAGACGCCUCUUCUUUUGGCGGUCAUCCGUGGAACAUCAUCUGCUGUCAAGCUUCUGUUAGAAAGACGCGCUGAUGUCAAGGCGCUGGAUAGGUUUAAGUCCUCUGCAUUGCAUCACGCUGUUGGAACAGACAAGUCAAGUCUACUCAAGCUCCUACUAGACAGCGGUGCGGAAAUGAAUCUGCAGAAUGCUCAAGGCCAUACUCCCCUGCAUCUUGCAAUAUCCGAAAACCGCCCUGCUAUCAUUAAGCUUCUUCUUGAGCGCGGCUGCCGAGUCGAUAUCCCUGAUAUGUCUGGAAGAACCCCUCUUCAUAUGACAGCUGCGUCAGGGAACAAGUCUUGCGCACAAGAACUUCUGAAACGAAAGGUAACAAUUGACACAAAGGACAGGGACGGCCAGACAGCAUUAGUUUAUGCCGUUGAAGGUCUUCAUGUCAGUCUCGUCAAGGUGCUUCUAGGACACAAGUCCGAUGUCAAUGCGAGAAACAAACAAGGAUUCAACAUUCUCAUGCUCGCUGUCAGAGUCAAUCAGGAGAAGAUUGCAAAGCUUUUACUGGAUGCCGACCCAGAUUUGGAUGUCCUCAGCAGUGAAGGCCACACGGUUAUCUUCUAUGCUGUUUACAGGGGAAAAGCAGUAUCACUUCUGUCAGAGAAGGAGCAAUUGGUCGCCUCUCUACUUUUAAAACACUACAAGAAGAAGCAAGUGGUCUGGAACGCUGAGUGGAUAGCUUGCAAAGAGAAGUUCAUGGCAGAGCAUGGGAAGAAGAAAGGCGAUGCCAAACUGAAGACCAAGUCUAAGGCGGGGUCCAAGAAGACGGCAGCACCGCCAUCGGCACCUAUUCCUCACAAGAAACAGGUCCGAAAGCCUGUUGAUGCUAAGUUAGAGGACGUCUCCAAGGCCAGCACAGACUCAAAGAUGCCUGCUCCAAAGCCAAACACCCCUGUGGCAGGGUCUAAGGAAUCUGUCAGACCUAAUCCCAAGCCUACUACCAAGCCUAAUCCUAAGGCGGUUCCCAAAGUUGAUCAUAAAGCGGAUCCUAGACCUGACUCUAAGGCUCAUCAGAACCCUGAUCCUAAGGUCAGUUAUAAGGUUGACCACAAGCCGGAUACCAAGCCUGGAUCUACUGCAACAUCUCAGAGCCACACAGCCGCAAAUGCAUAUUCUCCAUUCAACUCUAGUGGCCCAGUGAUCUCUCCUCCUCUACCGCAACGACCGGCAGCUGCACAAAACAACUCGAUCUCGAUGCCAACUCAAACCCACCAGAAGCAGCAAAACUCCGCUUUCAUGCCAUUCCAACCUCCGCAGUCUACCGUUGGAACAUCAGUACAUACAAGCUUCAACACGGGAUCUGCAAGCCCGACUGGACAUCAACGGCUACCCACUAACCAUAGAAGUAGUUGGGAUAUGUAUACUGCACUUUCGGCGAGCUCCCCAGAGUCAGCCCAGACAACGCCUAUCGUUACAAAGAACCCAUAUACGUCGUAUUCUGGUGCAUCUCAGCAACCCCCUAGAGGAGAUUCUUUCCGGCCCUUCCAGCCAUUCCAGUCUAAUGUAUCCCCUGGAAGUCCUUCAAAUGCAACACCACAGUCCAGAGGCCAGUCUAAUGACAGAUAUUCCUUGCCGUCACAGAGUUCGUAUGCUCAAGGACAGAACUCGUCAGGUAAACAGGCGACUCAGCAAGGAACUGUUCAGGGCUAUCAACCAUUCAGUAUCAACCCUCAGACACCCAGUAUGGUACCAUCUCAUCCUCAGGCAACUGGAAGGAAACCUGUCAAUUCAUCGAUCAAUCCUAUUACAUCGCUGAGUAUCGGACGCAAGCCUGUCGGGGGUCAGCCAGUGACUGGGGCGCCUAGGAAGUCAUCACCUCCUAACCAAAUGCAAGCUUCUCAGUCUCUUGUUGGAAUAGUGCAAACAACACAUGGCAAGUCGCAAGCUCAAAGUGGUGCGGUUUCACCGUUGCCUAUUACCCCUCAAGAAGCUCCAGGGAAACAAUCGAUUACGCCUGUUGCAUCUCAAAGCUCGAUCGCAGCUCAGAAUAGCGCUCUAGGUCACAGUGCCAUUGCAUCUGCGAGGCCCGCUCUGGCUGUGGCUCAGAAACCUGUUGCUCAGGCUGCCACAUCUUCAAAACCUAUUACAAUUCAGCAGCCUACUUCGGCUCAGAAACCUGCCCAGGUCCAGGCCGUAUCGUCUCAGAAACCCUCCGCGACUCCCACUGCUCCAAAGCCAUCUACACAACAACAACCCGCAGCAAUUCAGAAGUCUGCCACGACUCAGCCUUCUUCUCAGAGGCCCUCCAUAGCUGCAAAGCCAUCUAUAUCGCAGCAGCCAACAGUGGCUCAGAAGCCUGUUCCGGUUCAAAGACCUACCCAAGGCCAAGCUGCAUCGUCUCAAAAGCCCUCAACAGUCACCACAGCCCCAAAGCCAUCUACACAACAACAACCCACAAGUCAAAAGUCUACCACAUCCCAGCAGCCUCCUCCGGCCCAGAAACCCGCCCCUCCUCAAAAGCAUGCCGCAGGUCCCACGGCUGCAAAACCAUCUACACUCCAGCAACCUACAAUGACCCAGAGACCCUCCCCACCUCAGAAGUCCACCUCGUUCCAACAAUCUGGCUCUAUUACCAGGCCCUCUCCAGCCCAGAAGCCAGCUCCGACUCAGCAGGCUACUCCGAACGAGAAAAAGCUUGCCCCAUCCGGUCCAGCAACGGCACCAGGAAAGCCUGCCUUGGUUCAAAAUUCCUGCUCACCUGUCCACAAGAAGCCAGCUCCUCCAUCAGCUUAUCCUUCUGGGUACUCGUCGCAGACCCAGUCUACUAGUGGGCAGCGGUCAAUUGAGACAUAUACAGAGAGCCAAGAUACAAAGUACAGCGGUUCUGGAAAUUCAUCUGGGAGGAAAGUCGCAGCAGCAGCGGGUGCUGGCGUCUUGGCAGGUGCCGCUGGGGGAUACUUCCUUUCCAACUAUGUUCAGGAACAUCAUCACUAUGAGUCGAACUCCAUCAACGAUGAGAGUUUCAGGUCGGAUGACGUACAAUACCAGCCUGUUCCACCUGCAAGUUAUACGGAAAACUAUUACCUGGACACACAAGGAGAACCGUCCGAACACUCUGAAGAAUAUUCAGAAGCAGAAGAGUCUGAAGACGGUGGCAAGUCAGAUGAUGAAAGCGAAGACAAUGAUUCAAUCUCUUUUAGUGUAGAAGCUUCAGAUGCAGAUGACUCUGACGAUCAAGUUUUGUCGGAUGAUGAUGAUCUUGAUCUUGAUGAGGUUGAUUCUGAUGAGGAUGAGAUCGAAGAUGAUGUUCAGAGCUUGGACUUUGAUCAAGACGAAUCUGAUAGUCCAGACGUCGCCACUGACUUUACCGAUGAUGACAACGCGGGCGAUAUCAGCGAUAUUGACAACGACGACGACGACGACGAUGAGGAUGCUUCAGAUGAAGAGACGGGUCUUGGCGAUAUGCAGGCAGAGUCAGACAGUGGGCUUGAUACAGACCCAGGCCAAGAUGAUUCUGAUUCUGACGGAGAUGCCGGACAAGACGUCGAUUCGAAUGAAGACAUUGGUAACGAACCGGAGCACUUGCAAGCACAUUAUCAGCAGCAGAUGGUUGAUCAAUCCGAUUCUGAAAAUGAAGCACAUCCAGAGCAAUACGGCCAUUUCCAACACCAGGCUGUUGACGAAACUGAUUCUGAGGAUGAGGUGCAACAGAGCUACUUUCAACAACCGUAUCAGCAACAGGUCUUUCAACAACAAGAGUAUGAUGAAGAAGAACCAGACUAUCACAAAGAUAACCAGCAGCAAAACCACUUCCAGCAACAGACUUUUCAACAACCAGAUUCUGACGAUGAAGAACAACCAGUCCAGUAUGUGAAUCACCAACAGCAGGUCGUUUACCAGUCUGAUUCUGAAGAUGAGGAUGAAAUGCAACAAAAUCAUUACUACGGACAACAUCAGCAUCAGGCGCAAUCUACCUUUGAUGAAGAUUCUGAUGAUCAGGUCGAUGUUGAUUCUGAUAAUGAGGUAGACGAACAGACUGGUAAUAACGAAGGAGGGAAUGGCUACGGCCAGCAAAACCAUGGUGUUUAUGAAGGUGCAGGGUAUGAUUCUGACUAUUAG